AUGUCUCAUCGCAAGUUGCUCAAGCGCUUGCAAGAAACUUUGGGUGAAAACGCCGGUGAGGUGAAGCCGAGAAAGAACAGCGCCCCAGUGAUUGGCGGAGUGCCGGUGAUGCCGGCGUUGCCGCCUGCACGAACUGGGAAGCGACACCCAGUUUUCAUGUCACAAGACGCGGAAAGCGUGUCGAUGCCGUCGGAGACAGAUGUGCCCCGACCCGGAUUUUACGACGACACGAUGGGUCCGGGGCGGAAUAGCCACGCGCCCGUGUCUGUUACCCAGUCUCUGGAAGGAUCUCUGGACUCCUUGACUCCUGCCUCAUUGUUGGACCAGCGGUUACAGUCGCUCGAAAAGCAGCUGGACAUCGAGCUCAAGGUGAAGGCUGGCGCCGAAAAUAUGAUUGCCAUGUACUCAAGUGGAGCAUCGAAGGACAGAAAAUUGCUGGCCGAAGCACAGCAGAUGCUGAGCGACUCGAAGGCCAAAAUCGAGUACAUUAAGAUGCGGAUCAACAAGGCGAAACAAACUCAGGGUGCCGGAGACGGUGAUGUCAGCAAAACCAAAGAUCGUUCCUUGGACCUCGGAUUGAUGACGCCGGUGGAAGAGCGGAUAGAGGAACUCCGGCACCAUCUGCGCAUUGAGUCAGCUGUGGUUGAAGGAGCGAGAAACGCUAUUCGCUUGUUGCAGAGCCAGAAAGUACCCGACAAGAAGGCUCUUCAAGAGAUGGUCUAUGAUCGUCAGCAAAACGCUAGUUUUUGUCGAGCUCUUCGUGGUGUGCCUCUCGUGUUGCGAUCCCCUGGCACAUCAUGGAUGAGAAAAUGUCAGCAGGGCAGGUGGCCAAUCCCACCUGUGAAAGAGCAAAAAUAA